AUGCAGAGGAGAAGCCUCAUCGACGAAAGACUUAACAGCGGAAAGAGUAAAAAAGACAUCGGGUUACAAAGGGGAAACCCGGGAAAGAGGGAGCGAAGCUCCAAUUUCAUGAAAGAAACUCCGGUGAAGGAGAGUCGUUCCGAAAUCGGAGCUGCGCGAGGUCGGCGGCUGUCUUGGAGGAUUCCUCCAAGACUUCCUGGUCACUAUGUGUGUCUCGAAGGAGAUCUAAAGGUUUAUAUACUUUAUAAAGGUGUAACCGUCGCUACUUCAUCAUUAGAGAGUUACACUCUUCAACCGAGGUGGGCUAAACUGCUUAAGGUUUCAUCGGUUGCUUCCGAGGGAGAUAUGGAUGGUAUGAUUGUGAAAGUUAUUAUGGACGAUAUUAAAGAAAAUGGUGAAACACGGUUCGGAUCUCGAUUACUUCUUCCGGAUUGCAGAGAAGGGACGAGCGGAAAGAUGAAUUAUGCGUGUGAUGAAGCCACGUUACGGUUCGAGCCUGGAUCUCAGAGGAAAGCAACUGCGUUUGGAAACCAACCAACUUGCCGCUAUCAUCACUAA